ACACGGCGCGCCAAAGAUGAGCGCGUUAACCAAUCAGAUUCGCCCUGGGACCCACAGCUGACAACGAAAACAAAGAAAGGCAUGUUUUUCCUCUAAAGCUGCUCGCUUCUCAUGCAUCGCCAGGGCGAGUCAUGGGAGAAAUCGUACUCCUUUAACACGACACCGCUAAGACUGGACAUACUUCGGGUUCUCCAGUGCACCUGCUCAGGGGGACGUGGGGGAGUGCAUUCAGAGGUCCAGGGAAAAGAAGUAAAAAGAAAAGAGGACGCUGGAGCUCAGAAGAUGGCAGAUUCUCUCAGCUUUGAGUGUCUGUCUUGACAUCUGCUGUCUUUUAUCAUCAUGCUGAGCCUUAUCAAACUGCCUCGAGUCUUAACCAUCAACCAAGUUCCGAAAGUCUUCCAUGAAGAUGGGAUUGUAUCAGGGUAUCGGUGCCCAUACAGCUCAGCUAAAGACUGUGUUCUUAGCCUCUUCCAGCUAACAAAUGAAACUCUGAACAUUUGGACCCACUUUUUGCCUGCAUGGUUCUUCUUAUGGAAGCUGCUGAUGGUGCUAGUAGAGGAGGAGUGGUGGGACUCAUAUUGUUGGCCUCUGCUGACCUUCCUGAUGUCAUGCUGUUUGUACCCACUGGCCUCCAGCUGUGCCCACACCUUCAGCACUAUGUCCGAGCGUGCCAGACACAUCUGCUUCUUCUUUGACUAUGGAGCGCUCAGCUUUUACAGCUUAGGUUCUGCCAUCAUCUACUCCUCCUAUGCAUUUCCUGAGAAAUGGGUCAACAGCACUUUCCAUAAAUACUACGUUCCCACUGCCACACUUAACGCUAUCAUCUGCACUGGACUGGCCUGUUACUCAAGGUCUACUGUGAAAUCGAGUGCAAAGCUAGGCAAGAGUCUACGUAUUGUGGCUUUUACAUAUCCAUAUCUCUUUGACAACAUUCCUUUGUUCUAUAGGAUUUUUGUGUGUGCUGGUGAGGGUUGCACAGUCAAUGAAGCUACUGCUGUCCACUACCAGCACACUGCACUGGCCCUCCUCACUGGUUUCCUCUUUGCCACACAUUUACCUGAACGUCUUGCACCUGGCAGUUUUGACUACAUUGGGCACAGCCACCAGCUCUUUCAUGUGUUUGCUAUCAUUGGCACAUAUUUCCAGCUGACUGCAAUUGAGCUAGACAUGACCUCACGGAAGCGGUGGCUUCAGGCUCAUUCACAGCCGAUUACCUUUACCAACACAGUGGGUGCAGCGUUGUUUUGUGCAGCUUCCAGUCUAUGUAUAAUCUACAUCUUCUGUUGGGCACUUCCCUCCACUAGGACCCAGAAGGACCAUGAUUUGAAAUAGUCACGUUUUAGUGCAGCUUCUGACGUACAGAAGCAAGCAAAGUGUUUUAUUCGAAGCCAGGAGAAACUAUGAUAAAGGAAUCAUGUGAGUGAAACAUAUUUUAAACUGCACUGCAUUAGCUAUACUAAUUCUCUUUAUGAAUCUGUUCAUCAGGGCAUUUUACUUUUUGUGACAAAAAGCAGCCUAAUGAAGACAGAUGCUGAAAGGAGGAUUCAUACUGUACUGCACCCAGAGGCUUUUUAUAGGCCUUAGUCACAAUGUGUGCCUUAUGAAACUGGCGAUGUAUUUUAUCUGUAACAUUUUGUGUUUAACCUCACUCUGAAGACAAAGAUGUCACUUGCCUACACUGAUAAAUUAAUAACUAAUAAAUGUUUUAUUUAAUUGUUUUGUGGUGUUGUGUAAAUGCUCGUUUUGUUCCAUUAUUUUUAUAAUUUUGCAGUUGUAAAUAAAUUUCAAUAAACUAAUCUGAUUUUU